AUGUCCAAUAUCUCAGCAAUUAAUUUCUUUUCAGAAAACAUUGGGAUUACUGGGUUUGACUCAGAAAAUGCCCCUUUUAUGGCUUUCAAGGAGCUUUUUGAUAACUCGAUCGAUGCAUGCAAUAACAAGGCAAAGACUGAGUGGCAUGAUUUACCAAAGAGAAUACAAAUUUCUGUGAAUUUUGAAAAUCUAGAAUUAGAUGAUCAGGCAAGAAUAAAUAUUAUUGUGAGAGAUACAGGCUGUGGAAUACCUUUAGAAUCAAUUGAUCUUUUGGGAACUCUUUUUGGGACAAAUAAGAAAAUCAAUAAAAGAGAUUCUUAUUAUACUGGACAAUUUGGAGUGGGUCUUAAAAUGAUUUUGCUAUAUGCUACUCAGCAUGGAGAGGGAAAUGUUAAGGUUAAGAUGAGGAUGGGAAACAAGAUUUGGAAAUUUACACUACUUUGUAACUUAAGUGAUGGAUCUUUUUAUGUUGGUAACAGUGAAAGCUUUGAUCAUAACAGUUGGGAUUGGAUAACUGAGUUUUCAGUAUCUAUGAAGCUGAGUUUAGGACUUGAGUACUUGCAAGAGAAAUACUUUUCUAUGGAGCUUUACGCAAAAACAUCUUUAAAAAAAAUUCAAAGUUACUUAGCACUCUCAAAAUUUUGGAAUAGUCAUAUUUCAUUUAAUUUUGAAACAAAUAUGAAGAUGGAUGCCUCUGAAUUGAGAAUUGGAGAUAUAAAUUUAUCAUUUUUUGAUAUAUUUAAAGACAACUUUGUUCAAUACUCAAGUAAUAAAGGUUCCAAAUACAAAAUUGAUACAGUUUUUGGUUUUUUGAAAGAAUGCCACGUUAAAAAAGAAUCCCAAAUUGAUAAUUUGGAGUAUCAAAGUCUAGAUAAAGAGAACCAAUCUAACUUAAAUUUAUCCAAUAUUUCACAAACCCCUUCUUUAAAACCAGGACAAAUUUACAUUUAUCGUUUUUCAAACGGAAUGCCAAUAAUAUGUAAAGAUGCAGAAUACUGUGAAAUUGUAACAUCAAUUAAAAGCUUCAUUAAAAAAAAAGGUUCCACUUAUGGGAUGAAAUUAGUUAAAAAGGAUGAGUCUGUUGAAAGUUAUCCUGAGAAUCUUUCGAUGUUUUCUGGGAGUGAAUUUUUACUUCCAAUAAUGGUAAUCCCAACCGUUGAAUUUAGUAUUAGAGUUCUAUUUAUUAAUGUUAAAGGUCACGGGAUUCAGUAUGGUACUUUGGGAAAAAGUAGUCUAAAAAGCAAUGUUGGACUUUCCACAGCUAUACAACAAUCGUUGAAAAGUUUAAUGAAAGGAUGCCAACUGAAGUUUCCAUUAGAACUGAUUAAUAUCAAAGAAUUUAACUACAAAAGUUCAGUAGAAAAAUAUUCGCCGAUAAUUUCCAAGAAUUUGGCGUCUAUGGUUAUGAGGUCGGAGUCUAUAGUAUUCAAAAGUGGCUUAUUUGAAAUACUUUCUAGAUGUGAUCCAGAAAGUUCAGAAAAAUUAUCAAAGCUACUAGAAGGAAAUGAUGAGGAAAAGCUUCGAGAACAACUCAACAUAAUUUUUUGUAAGUGGUUUAUUAGUAGAAUGGAACAAGGGCCUAAUAUAAAGGCUCAAUUGGAAAGUAAUGAAGGGGAUUCCGAAGAUUACAUAUUUGAAAAAGAAGAGAAUCUUUGA